CGGGUGUUGCCGAGAGUCUUCUCAUUUCUUCCCUGGAACCCCUUUAAACUGGCUUCCACACAGAGUUCGCUGCUAUUUCCAGCUUAUUCAUGCAGGCAGGCAUUGACUUUCUAAUAUGUUCUAAUAUUUUCACGGACACACGCUGAUAGUCGCCGCAUUCUUUUCCCUCCUUGCUUUAAAGUUUUCUGUUUCACUUCCUGAGGAGAAGCAGCCGAACUAAUGUUACUGCUUUUAUUGAAAACCAACCAGCUGAAAAAUUCGAAGCCACAGCAAACAGACUUCUGGCUUGUGGUAAUUAGUCAGAAGAGAAUAAAACCAUCUGAUCGGGAGAGGGGUGGUGCAUUCUGGAGCGAGAUGGCUAACAGAAACAUUCUGUUGCUCUUCUGUGGACUCUUCCUCUUUGCACUGAUUCAGCCCUCUCUUCAAGGAGGUGUGUAUGUACCAGCUGGUGCUGGAAUUGGACCAGGAGGCACCGGACCAGGAACUGGAUACUUUCCAGGCGGUGCUGGCGGACUCCCUGUAGGCUAUAAACCAGCUCAAGCUGCAGGAGGUUACGGAGGUCUAGGACGAGGUGGGGGCCAAGGUGGUUUGGUACCAGGAGGUGCUGGCUAUGGAGCAGGACCAGGUGGAAAGGCCCCUAAACCAGGUUAUGGCAAUCUAGGAGGUGGUGGUCACGGAGGUGGAGGCCUUGGAGGAGGUGGAUAUGGUGGAUAUGGUGGAGGCACUGGGGGCUUUUUCCCAGGAGGUGGACAGAAGGCAGCCAAAAGAGGUGCUGGAACUGUGCUUGGGGCAGGUGGAGGUCCUGGAGGCGCUGGGACUGGAGCUUCUGUGCCCGCUGGAGGACCUGUUAUUCCUCAGACAGGCCUUCCAGGAGGGGGUGGUGCAGGUGUCGGUGCUGGAAAGAAAGCUGCCAAAGUGCCAGGUGUGGGUGUGCCUGGACUUUAUCAAGGUGGACUGGUGCCAGGAAAUGGGUUCGGUGGUAGAGGCGUUCUGCCUGGGGUGGCCACUGGCACUGGCCUCAGUCCUAAAUCAAUUGGAGGAGGACAAGGGGGUCAAGUGCCAGGAGGUCGCGGGUAUGGUGGCCCGAUGCAGCCAGGAGUGUUUCAUGGGUACCCCCUCAAAUCACCCAAACAACAAGGUGGCUAUGGAGCAAAACCUGGAGGUGCCAAACUACCUUAUGGUUAUGGUGGUUUUGGUAAUGGUGGUGCUGGACUUCCUGGAGGACAAGCUGGCGCCGGGUCAAAGCCUGGUUAUCCUGUUGGAACUGGAGUGGGGCCUGGAGGGAUCUCACCUGCUCAGGCUAAAGCUGCUAAAUAUGGCGGUGUAGGCGGUGUAGGCGGUGUCGGCGGUGUCGGCGGUGUCGGCGGUGUUGGCGGUGUCGGCGUCGGCGGUGUCGGCGUUGGAGUCGGGGGAGUUGGUGGACAGUACCCAGGGCAGGUUCCAGGAGCAGGAUAUGGAGCUUUGUCAAAGGCUGCUAAAUAUGGUGGGGUACCAGGUGGAGUGCCAGGAGGAGUACCGGGAGGACUACCGGGAGGGGCACCACUUGGAGUACCAGGAGGAGGAGCACCAGUGUCUGGAUAUUCACAGGCAGCCAAAGCUGCUAAAUAUGGACUUGGAGGGGCAGGAGGACAAUUAGGGACGGGAGGGUAUGCAGGACCGGGUGGAGCAGGAGGAUAUGCUGCUGCCGCUAAAGCUGCUAAAUAUGGAGUGGGGGGACUUGGAGGAACAGGAGGACAUGGAGGUGGAGGACUUGGCGGAGGUGGAGGUGGAGGACUAGGAGGACCAGGGGGACAGGUUGGAACAGGAGGCUACUCUGCCGCUGCCAAAGCUGCUAAAUAUGGAGCUGGAGGAUUGGUAGGAACAGGACACGGAGGUGGAGGACUUGGAGGAACAGGACUUGGAGGUGGAGGACUUGGAGGAACAGGACUCGGAGGUGGAGGCGGAGGAGGAGGACUUGGAAUAUCAAGACUGGGAGGUGGAGGAUACUCUACUGCUGCUAAAGCUGCUAAAUAUGGUCCAGGUGGUACAGGGAGGGUUCCGGGUGGUGGAGUAGGUGGAGGAGAAGUCCCUGGAAGAGUCCCACUUUUACCAGGAUAUGGGUCGUUGGCAGCCGGCGCUAAACCUCCUAAAUACGGAGUCCCAGGAGCAGGCCUCGGAGGAGGUGGAGUUCCAGGAGGAGCAGGUGGACUAGUGCCUGGUGGUGGUGGCGGCGGCUACGGUGGUUAUGGUACUGCAGUCAAACCAAAAUAUGCUGUGCCAGGAGGAGCUGGAGCAGGGUUAGGAGCAGGAGGGCUCGGAGGGACAGGAGGAGCAGGAGUCGUUCCGAGUGCAGGACUAGGAGGUGGACAAUACUCUGCUGCUGCAAAAGCUGCUAAAUAUGCUUUAGGAGGAGCUGGUGCUGGGUUAGGACCAGGAGGAGUUCCUAGUGGAGGACUAGCAGGUGGACAAUACUCUGCUGCCGCAAAAGCUGCUAAAUAUGGUGUUUUAGGAGGAGCUGGAGGUGGGUUAGGAGGAGGAGGACUGGGAGGAGCAGGAGGAGCAGGAGUAGUUCCUGGUGGCGCAGUAGGAGGUGGACAAUACUCUGCUGCUGCAAAAGCUGCUAAAUAUGGAGUUGGAGGACUGGGAGGAGCAGGAGGAGUUCCUGGCGGAGGACUAGGAGGUGGACAAUACUCUGCUGCUGCAAAAGCUGCUAAAUACGGCGUUACCGGAGAGGGACUUGCCGUGCCAGGAGCUACUCCAGGCACAGGCGUCGGUGGUGUUCCAGAUGGUUCUGCUGUUCUGGUACCAGGUGGAACAGGUGUUCCUGGAAAACCAGCCAAGGAUGCAGGUCCUUCUGGAACUCCUCAACCAGUGCCCACGCCUCUUGCCGAAAUUAGCCAGGCCCCAGAGGUUCCACAGCCCAGCGUUUCUGGUGGAAUUCUUCAGCCAAGUGCUGGCACAAGUGUCGGUGGAGCAGGUGUUCCAGCACCCUCUGGUGCUGGGACCGGAGUCCAACAACCCGGAGGUGUUGGUGUUGGAACAGGUGGAAAACCACCCAAACCAGGUAUUGUUCCAAGCGCCGGUGGCUAUCCCUAUGGUGGACCUUAUGGAGUUCCUUACGGUGUUGGUACUGGCACUGGCACUGGAACCGGAACUGGAGCUGGAGUUCUGCCUGGAGCGAAGCCUUUGAAACCUCCAGUGGGUGGAGCAGGAGGUGGAGUUGGAAUCCCACUGGCAGCAGGAGGUUAUCAAGGGGGAUACAGGCCAUAUCAUCAAGGUUAUGGUCAGGGUGGGUUGACGUAUCCCUCUGCAGUUGGUGGUGGUGCUGGUGCUAAACCGCCUAAACCAGGUUACGGCAAUCUUGGAGGAGGUGGAGGAUAUCAGCAGGGUGUGGUUCCUGUGGUACCUGGUUACGGAGUAGUUUACCCCCAGCAGUACUACCCAGGAGGCGGAUUAGCGCACAGCUGCCAGCAGCCAGGUGGAUAUGUUCCAGCCCCACUGACUCCUCAGCAAGCCAAAGCAGCCAAGUACGGUCCAUUGCAGGGUUUCCUCGGUGGCGGAGGAGGAGGAGGGGUCUACAGAGGUGGCGUUGCAGGAUGCCAGGGCAAAUACUGUGGGAGGAGGAAGUAAAGGAUCUCUUGAGAUCCACAGUGACCUCAAGAAACCAUGGUGCUACUGCAUGAUCUAGAAUGUACAUUUUAUAUGCAAAAAAAAACCCCAUUAGAUAUCGUGUAAAGAUGUUUUUUUUUUAAUUAGUUUACUUACUUGACUUCAACGUCUGUUUUUAUACAAACCCACCGACCCAGAAUUUUGUACACGUUCUGAUGUGACGUAUGUUAUUGACCGUGCCUUUAAUCAUUAACGUGGUAAUCAGCUUUAACUCUCUGUACUGCACCAGAAUACUUACAAUACAAAGAGCGCGUUUGUGUCACCGCGCGUUGUUCCUGUGCAUGAAUGUGUGUGUGCAUGGGUGCGUGUGUGUUUUGUUGUAUUGUUGUGCGAAAGACUGUCUGAACCAAUCGGCCGCCAAUGUGACCUAUGAAUGAUUUCCCUUUCGGAUUAAAGCAAGGUGAGGCGGAGGCAGUGUCGGAGCCCGUGCGGCGGUGCAGAGCUCGUCACCUCUCUGACACAACACAAAGGUGUUGGGUUUGGUCGCGGUUCGUCCAAAGACUGAUGAAAUCCAGCCAAUCUCAGCAUCGUCUCUGGCUCCCGACCUCUCCGCUGCUAUUUUUAGACCUGCUGGGUAUAAAGCAGCGGGAACUGGGGCUCUGGCCAACCCAUCUGCUCUCAGUAACUUUGCUGAUUCUAGUUGCUAUGCAGUUCAGUUUUCUCAGCGUUUUUUUUUUUUUUUGUGUUGCCAAAACUUGUGAUGUAUGAAGAGCACUCUCCGCUCUGAGGAAGACAAUCAAAAAGAGAUUCAUUCAUUACAGGAUGUUUUUAAAAAAAAAACACGAGAAAGCAGUGUUGACUUUAGCUCCGAGUCGGCUGAAAUUGAGAUACUACUCUGGCAUGUACAUUAUGUAUGUAUGAGUGUUUGAUUAUGUGCCCUAACGUCUGAGAUUGAGCGUCUUAUUCUGCUCCGAAUGUUUAGUCUCAACGCAGCAGUUAUUUACAUUCAUGUACUUUGUGAUUAUUCAAGAUUUUUUUGUUUUUGGCACCAUGCUUUGACUCAUAGCUUUAUCGUUAUCAGGAAUGUGUGAACCGAUAACAAAGACAAUCCUUUUGCUUUGGCAUUUAUUCACUGUGUAUAAACUGUAAUACAGAAUAAGACUUUAAGUGAGGCAUAAGCUCCCAUUGUUCUUCAUCUACUUGAGCUGCUUUUUAAAAAAUGGCUUACUGACCAAAGGUUAUUGAGCGCUGUCUGCAGAGUGUCCCCAUCUCUUUCUGUAACUGUGUACUGUAUUUUGUACUAAUUUGAAGUUAGCUGGCUUUGGUUCCUUCACUCGGUGCUGUGUAAGAACUGUCUUUGAGCCUCGCUGGGUCAGACCUUGUCUUAUGUGCCGUGGGAUACUCUUCAUCUUUAUUUAAAACUGUUUUUAUAAGGAGGAACAGUGUGGUUUUGCACUUUUUAUAUUUCCACGACACACAUGUGACUUGUUCCCGGAUAUCCCGGCAUUUUAUUUGCUUCCUUAAGUAACAAAAUAAAAUGCGUUAAAAGAU